CCUCAGCAGCAACCACGCUCCGGCGGCGUGAGCUCGCGAUUCCACCACCACACUUCUACUCGGCACGCGCGCUCGAGAAAUCUAUACUGCAUAGCCCACCAUGUCGGCGACAACUAAAAUUGCAGUGCAUUCUCUGUCGGACCUGAAGAACACCACCGACGACGCACUCCCAAACUACCUCCACUCCCUCAAAUUCAAGCAGAUCCACAAGCAGACCGACGUCCGAUUAGUCAUCGGCUACACCGCCGUCAUCAUCGCUGGAGCCCUCUUCUACUACGACUGGAAAUUCGGCUGGGAGGCGUCAAAGCCGUACACCCUGCCCGCAGUAGUCGCAUACUUCCUCCUCAACACGGCCUUCAGCUACUGGCUCUGGUUCGUGGAGGCAGGCACGGUGUACGAGGGCGAGGGCAAGACAGGCAAGGUCAGGAUAGCGUCUUCCACCAAGAAGCACAUUCCCAUCUACGAAGUCGACGUCACAUUCACCCCCGCUGGCUCGAGCCACCCGCAAAAGAUCCACAUCCGCGCUCCCUUCACCCGGUGGUUCACAUCAGAUGGUUACUUCAUCGCGAAGCCAUUCCAGCAGUGGCUUGCUUCAGAGGUGCCCGUGGUAGGCGCUGCCGAUCCGAACAACGUUGUCGAGGAGAUUGGCCGCGGGAGCGAGGCGGAGAACGUAUUGAAUGCUUCGGGCAACCAGAGUGCGAUUGACAUUCUGCAGCAGCUAAAGGCUAGCGGAGCAAAUGUGUCUGCUGGCAGCGGCCGGAGAAGGAAAGCGUGAGGUUGUAGAAGGAUAGGCAACAUGCUGAAUGCGGAUGGGAAAGUCGGAGGGCGAUUCGCGUCGACGUCUAGAACGUUGGGAAUAGGAAAGCGGUCAAUACCAAAAGGUUAGGACGGAAAAUAGGAACCAUGGCCUUGAACAGUGAGCAUUACAUGGAUACCAUUGAUUUAUACAUAACGUGUGCUAUGAAGAGGUCCUGUCAUGACAGUUGGUCGUGGACACUGCCACCAAUGCAUGAUAUCGACACGUGGUACAUGUUGAUGCCCAGAAAACAAAACGCCGCCGUGGAUGCAGAUGGAGAAAACGCUGACUUAGAAAUGCAAAG